GACGCACGCUGCGCCUUGCCUGGACUCGUGUCACCCGCGCUGUCUGACAUGGCCGCUUCGGCCCUGGAACCCAAUCCCGACCUAGUUGCAGGUGACGCGGACACGGAAGCCGUUGCACUGGGCUCUCGGUUACUUCGCCUCUCUGGUUCAGUUGAGAAGGCAGCGAAGGCUGUGAACCAAGAACGCUUAAUCGUUUCUGGGAAUCACUUGGCCUUUACGGAGGGCGGCCACGUGCAGGGGAUCACAAAUCUGCAUCGCGCCUAUCUUUUGGAAAUGGCCCAAGACGGAGUUCCUAGCAGGAGAGAGGCUGUUCCAGCCCGUGAAUCGGCGAAAAAUCACGGGUCUGUUCGUGGCCACGAGGAGGAGCUCAUGCAGAAAGCGUGGAAGGACGCCGCGUACGGGGUGGCUGAGUCUCCACUGGGCACAGUUCCGAAACAGCAGAACGAGCAAGGCUCCAAGUUCAAUCACCCGCCGCCCCCCCAGCCCCGCAUCCUAGAGUCGCACGUCAAGCACUAUGCUGGAAGGCCUGGCAUCCAGGAUGUCCCCGAGUUUGCGGUCCGCAUGAUGGGCAUUGUCAUCACUAGCCUCGUGAUGCCCUUCGGUUGGGUGGGAGCACCGGGAGAGUUCGUGGCGUGGAGCGCUGCCGCCAAGGUGAGCCGCGGGAGUUUUCACCCCCCGGACCCGUGGCUCAAUGAUACCGUUAGCUAUGAUUCCAAAGGGUUAGUGGACGACGGA